AUCGCAUUAGUGGUAGGCAUGUGUUUUUAAAGCUCUAUGCUAAAUUAUAUGACUAAUAUAUUAUUAUUAUUAUUAUUAUUUUUAUUAUGGAGAGUAAGUGUUAUAAUAUUUAUCUAUUCGGAUUUUAAUAGUUUUCAUUAUUUAUUGUAUAAAAAUUUAAAAUAACAUAGAAUAUAUAAUAUUAUAAAAUUAUUACAGAACGAACAAUUUUAUGGUUCAUGACGUUCUGGGGUUUUGCUAUAAAUUAUAUGAUCCGCAUGAAUAUAAAUAUAGCAAUCGUAUCGAUGAUUAAACAUUCUACGAAAAUUACGAACAUAACUGCGACUCCGAGCGAGUGUCCCAGACACGAUGUACGGCUGUUGAAAUCGAUGAACAACACUUUUGUACUGCAAAAUUCUUCGACAAACUCGGACGUAAGUAUAUGAAACAGAAUUUUUUUUUUUCGUUUGAUAUCGUAUAAUCAAAUAUUGAAAUGACUGACACUAUCUGUACAGGCGUAUAAAUAAAAUUAAAGUGUCUAUCUGUGACUUGAGAGUAACUAGUUUCUAACAGUUGUGUAAUCGGGAUUAAAUCAUAGGGGGUAAAUCGAUAUUCCGUCAUAAAAACAAAAUACUUCAUACUGAAUAAAAUAUAUAAUUUAUACAUUUAUAUCACUCGGACUGUAUUUUACCGGAAACUUUAUGCACCUGGAUUGAUUUUCGGAAGAAAAAAAAAAGUAUAGCCACGGACUACUAAUAAUUCCGGAAAACAGGUUUUUCCGAUCCGUAAUUAAGAACUGGAUUUCAAAGAAAAAAUAUAAGUAGUUGCGCGUACUGUUGCUAGUCCCGAUCGCCUAUUACCAAACCCUAUACAGACUGUAUUUAUAUUAUAGAAUCUAUAAGAUACUCGUUAUCUCGGAAAACAUUAACUUUUUUCGGAUUUUUUUUUUUUUUCCUGACAACUUAAGAAAUAAGUAACUCCUUGGAUUUAUAUUACCAUUAUUUUAGUCGCUUUUAUUUAAUGUUUUUGCAGCUGAAAUAAAUCCUUUUGAUUUUCAAACGAUCUCGUAAUUGUUUUUAAUAACAAAUAUUAGGCUUGUUGGAGCUAGUUUUCUAAAUAUUCUCAUUUUAUCACCAAUCUACUAGCUAAUGCCCGUUUGGGAGGGUGGGAGCAAUGACAUAACUAGGAAGAAAUAAAAAAAAUAAAUACAAAUUAUUGUAAAACCAAAACAUUCCUUGCUCCGCUAUGAAUCUAAAAACGUGGUUAAGGUAGAAAGAUAUACGGGCAUUGGAAGGUUUGGUUAUACGUGCCCGGUUGUGUAUAUCCGAGAAUGCAAAAAUGGUUCAAACGUUUUCCAAGAUUCCCAGGUUAUACGGUUCGUGAUUAAUAAUUUGUUUUCUGAUAAUAUAUAGUCCGAGCGUUUACAAUCCGGGAACAGACAAUCCGUACAAAUACGUUUUGCAUAUUUUUCAAUCAGGGUUUAUAAGGUUUCCGGUAAAAUACAGUCCGAGUGUGUACAUUCCGGAAACAUAUAAUCCGUACAAAUACGGUUUGAAAAUAAAAAUUCCAGAAACCAAUAUUCCGUACAAAUAUAUUUCGUGCUUUUACAUGCGUCCGUAAAUUAGUACGAAAGUAUAAUAUAAUAAACAGGGGUAAACUAGCGUAUUAAUCUAUUGAGACACCUCCAUCAGACUAAUUGCCACCACUUAUGAUAAGUUAACUAUUGAAAAUAGUGACUGCUUGAAUUGUCUAAUUUUCUAUUUAAUGCCGAGACCAUAAUAUACUUUUUUUCGGACGCAUGUAGAAGCACAUAUGCCAGUUUGCCCCUGUUUAUUAUAUUGUACUUUUAUACUAAUUUACUAUACUUUAUUUGAAGCAAAUAAUCAUAAUAAUACCUACCAUCUAUGUCUACUUUCCUUGGCCUAAGGGCUAAGACCUAAUUCAUUUAGAGUACCUUCUGGGUUCAUCAAUACACUUUUUGAAUUCCUAACAUCGCCAAUAUAUUUAAUCGACAAUCGAUGUCUUUGGCCAUAUUUAUUAUGUUCUAAGAUUGUCGUGCACAAAAUAACAACAAAUCGUUUAAUUUUCACCAAAACAAUAAAUUAUUUUCUAUUUCAAAAUUAUAGAAGUACAAAAAAUAUUCAAUAGUUUGACACCUAGACAAAUUAUGCUAAUGUUUUCUAAGCUUAAAUGGUUUUUAUUAUAUAAUAUAAAAAAACUAUAAAAAGAUAAAACUCUUUUUACGACUUUUGUUCGUCUACCUGUUAGUCUGGGCUAAUCUCGGAAAUCUCCCAUUUCCACGAGACUUCUUACCAUACGCCGAAUUAUGUUUAGGUGAUUUAAUUUUUUCAAUGAUUGAAUUUUUCCUUUUGGUUUCUUCAUCAAUUGUACCCAGUGUUGUAUUGGUAAGUAAAUGAUGGGUAUACGCGCCUUAUAGGGGUUAAAUUUACCCCCAAAAAUGAUUUUCUCUACGCUCAAAAUUGCAUUCCACUAAAAUGUGGAUUUUUUUUUUUUUUUUUUGGGGGGGAAGGCCCGUUCAAAAAUUUAUCAUAAAAUACCAAUAAUUGUCUAGAGAAAAAUUUAAAACGUAAUGGGUAGAAAAUCAAAGUAUCAUUUGAUUUUUUUGGUGAGAAGCUUAAAUUUCGGGUGGGAUGUCCAGACCCCAUGAUCUCUCUGACUUCAAACUACUUAACAACCUUACUACACCGACACAUUACCUAGCAUACUAUUAGGUUCAGUAGUAUGUCCGCUUUGAAGAUCUACAAUUUAAAUUUGACUACCGAUCUGUUCUCUUUUGGGACAAACUAUAUAAUAAAAAAUCAAUUGUUUCUUAUUAUCAUUUUUUUUUCACGGUUUUAUGGUGAUGAUAAAUUAAAAGCUUGCGUAUACCUUUAAUGUACAUAUUUUUAAUCAAAUAAUAAAGUAAAAACAAAAUUAUAAAAAUAGUUGGUGCCCGUAAAUAAACAAAGUAAAUAAGUAUAUAAAUAAAAAAUGUAUAUAUAAAAAUAAAAUAAAUGAAUGAAUCAAUGCGUCUGGAGUAUUAUGAUAAGUGUAUUAUACGACCAGUUUCGAAUUAAAAAUUCAUCAUCAAGUAUAUCACAGUCAAAAUGUAAAAUGCGGCUGACUAUAAAAACGAAGAAAAACAUUGAAAAAAGAAGUAUACAAAAUUGAUCGUUUUACAUAGACAUAAUUUAUUUUAAUAAGAGAAAUUAUUUAAAAUGGAUUAUUAGACAUAGAUAUAUUAAGAAAUAUAAAUUAUUUGGUUAUUAUUUAUUAUCUAAAAUGUAUUGAUGUAAGAAUAAGGUAUUAUUUUUAAAAUCAGUUUGAACAUUUAACAUUUUUUUUCUUUAUUUCAUUGUGCAUGUACAAUUCUUUUAAAACUAAUGUAAAUGUUAUUCUGGGUAUUUAAUACUUUUAAGUCUGUAUUAAAUUAUAUUCGCAAAAAGAUGGAUUUGUUACAGGUAGUCCUUCAAGUGCUCUCUUAUUUGAAAUUUACAUGCAAAAUUAUAAAACCAAUAAUAUUAUUAACAAAAAAAUAUACAGUCCAUAUAUAAAAGCAUAUUAUAGAUAUGUUGAUGACACAUUCAUUUUAUUUAGAGGUUCAAAUAGACAAGCAGAAAAUUUAGUUAACUACUUAAAAAAUUAAUAAAAACAUUCAACUACACUCGAAAUACAAAUGAAAUUGAAUCUCUUAGAUUUUACAGUUUCCAUAAUAAACAAUAAAUUUGAUUUUAGUAUUUACUGGAAACCUACACAAAUUAUAAUACCACAUUAUUCUAAUCACCCUUAUUCUCAAAAAAUGUUUUUUAAUUCAAUAUUCUAUAGGCUUGAAUAUAAUUCAUUAAAUAAACAUAAUUAUCAAUACAAGCUCAAUAUUAUCUAUAAUAUAGCUCGUAGAAAUAAUUUCAAGUUAAAUACUAUUAAAAAAUCUCAUAAACGUAUUAAAAAAAAAAUAAUACACAACUCACCAAAUAUUGUUGUUAACUAUUGUUGUAUGAAAUAUUAAAAUAAUAUAUCUAACGAAUUCGCUAAAAUGUUGAACAAUAACACAAAUAAUGUAAAAAUCACUUUUAAGACAAAUAAUAAUUUAAUCAAAUAUAUAAACAAUAGAACUAAAAACUUCACAAAAUAUCCCUCUUCUUUUAAAUGGUAUGUAUAAACUUAAAUGUAACUGUAAUCAAUUUUAUAUAGGUAAGAUAAAUAGAAAUUUUAAAAUAAAAUUAAAAAAAGACUACUCCUCUUUCAAAUUUCGCUAAACAUGUCUUAGAAAAUCACCAUAAUAUAAGUUUUGAUACUAAUACAGACUUAGAAAUAUUAAAUAACUAAAAUAACAUUUACAUUAAUUCAGUUUUAGACGAAUUAUACAUACACAAUGAAAUAAAGAAAAAUAAUAUAAUAAUAUUUUAAAUGUUCUAACCGAUUUUUAAAAAAAAUAUCUUAUAUCAAUACAUUUUAAAUAAUCUAUUCUAUUAAAAUAAAGUUAUUUCUAUGUAAAACAACCAAUUUGUACAAUUUUUUUUUCUAUAUAUUCCUUCAUUUAAUUUUUUAUAUUCAGUCGCGUUUUACGUUUUGAUAUACCUGAUGAUGAAUUUUUAAUUCGAAACCGGUCGUAUAAUACACUUAUCAUAAUACUCCAAGCGACGCAUUGAUUGAUUCAUUUAUUUUAUUUUUAUAUAUCCAUGUUUUAUUUAUAUAUUUAUUUACUAUACAUAUUUUUAGGUGGCUUGUACCCAUAAUCAACGAAUUUGCUUAUAGGUAUACGCAUAAAUCCAAAAAUACAAUGUACAUUGUAUACCCACGUUUACCCUUCAAUACACCAUUGUCUGUACCUAUACUAAUACUGAGACGGAUAUCGAUAUUUUCGUCCAAUACCGUGCAUGGGUAAGACCGUGUGAGAUAUAGAUACACAGUACUAUAAUGUAAAUUGUUUGUUUUAUUUAUUCAAGGGUGUAGAUAAUAUAUUCGAAUGGGACGAAUACCAGCAGAAUUCGGUACUCGGCGGAUUUUAUAUUCUGCACAUGAUCAUGCAACUGCCGGGUGGAGUGUUGGCUCAACGGUACGGUACGAAAACGGUGUUCGGCCUAAGCAAUGGUCUGUCGGCGCUCCUAUCGUUCGCUAUACCUGCGUCGGCAAAAAUUAAUUACAAAGCACUAGUGGUUGUCAGAAUUCUCCAAGGAUUCAUAUCCGUAAGGCUUUUACAUGGGUUUAAAACAGAAAACGAAUUUUAUUUUGUUAUUUUUACAAGUAGGGUGGCGCGUGGCCUUCAAUGCACUCAAUGACGGCUAAUUGGAUACCGGCGCACGAGAGAAGUCGAUUUGUUUCGGCUUAUUUAGGUAGGUAAUUAGAUAUAAUAUUUUAUAGUUAAUGCCUACCAGUUAGAUGAAGGAAUAAUUACUUUUUUCUUUUUUAAGUAUACCUAUUUCUAUUCACCCGGAUAACUUGCGGAUAUAUUAUUACCGGUUAUAUAAAACUACAGACGUAUUCGUUGAAGUUUAGGGGAUAACUAAAUGAACAGGUUGCCUCCCUAAGCUUACCCGAUUCGGUCAAUCGGACAUUUUUUUUAAUAUUACAAACAAAUCAACAAACAAACACAUGAGAGAGAGUCUUUUUAAUAUGUGUAAAAUCAGUCGAACGAAAGGACAGUUUGCUGUAUCUGCCUAAACAAAGUACUUCAUUGCGAAAAUUGUUUUGUAUUAAAAUUGAUUCAACUCAAUUCAAAAUCAAAAUAAAUUAUUUUGAAGAUUGAUCAUAGAUACCUAAUUGAAAAUUAGAAAUAACAAACAGUUUCGUACAUUAGUCACGCGAAUUGAUUACACGUUUAUACAACAACUAAUCAACGGUUACAUGACAUAGAUACUACCAUACUAUCAUUAAAAAAGUGAUUAGGAAAAAAGCUGUCCUUACAAAACAGCAUUGUCUAAGAAAAUAUUUAUCUGGCUAUAGUUUGAAAUUGAUUCAAUUAACAAUAUUCAAAUUGUUUAAGUGAAGAAUUAAAUAGGUACCUAUAUAUUAUACUUUUUGAUGUAGUCUGUAGUAUCGGAGAUUUGUGAACAGUUUUACAUUUUUUGAAUUUUGUGUAUCUAAGUUCUUUCAAUCUAUGAAUUAUUUAAAUGUUAUAUAUUAUGAUAAAAUAUUAAAAUAUCACAUCAUACAUACUCGUAUAUAUUAUAUAUUUUCUAAGUUAGAGAAUUGUAAUUUACAAUAAACUUCUAGUAAUCGUAUAAAAGGUUAUUAAGAUUAGUUUUGACGUGAAAUAGUUGUCAACGUAAAUAUUGCAAAGCAGGGGCACCAAUGAGGAGAGAGCAGUGUGCACUCGCAGCCCCUUGAAAUGUGUCACCAUAAGAGGCUCAGGUAUUAAUUAAUACUUUGGCUAUGGUAUUUCGACUUAAAAUGUUAAAUUUUAGAAUCUGAACGGAGUGAAGAAUGUAUUGGUUUUACAAAGAUGUUUAUUUUUUUUCUGUGGAUAACUUUUCCACCAGAAAUUUUGUUCCAAUUUUUAAGUGUACUAUGUGUAGUAAGUGUAGUGCAGAUACUGUAACAUCUAUUAUUUCAUAAUAUACAGGUUUAAAUUUGUCUUCAACUGGCAGAGCCGAUAAAAGUGAAUCUUGUUCACUGAAUUUAAAAAAUCUUUUUGGUGUUUUGUUAGGUCUUUGAUAAUUUGGUUCCUUAAUAUUUAAUUCUCUUUCCUUGGUUGAAAUUUCUAGCCAUAAGACAUUAAAACCACUUUCUCUUUGCUGUUCUAUUUAUACAAUUAAGUGUUUAAUUUGAAUUUUUACUUCGUGGAAGUUUAAUGACUUUUGGAGUUUUGCAUUGAUAAGCUCAACUCUCUCAAAAAUAUUUAUCAUUACUUUGAUAUAAUAUAAAAAUUAAUAUUUGAACAAUUUUUUGAGAAGACCACUUUUUAUAAAAUAUCAACUAGUAUUAUCAACAAGUAAACAGUAUCAACAUUACAUAUUACGAUCAUAGAGAUUAUCAAUGUAUUAUUUUUUAAUUAUAUUAUAAAUUUAUAUAUUUAAUUAUUAUUUAUUUAAAUAUCAUAUAUUGUUACAUUAUGUUUACGAUUACUGUUGCUAUUUUUAUACCUACAGUUAUUUUUUGUCUAUUAUAAUUAUAUUGUGAAUAUUUUCAAUGAGUGCUCAAGCACCCGAAUAAUCAUGUACUUGGCGCCUAUGCACAUAAUAUAUUAAAUAGUAUACAAUUAAAAUAAAUCUGUCCUAGCAUAAUGGGGACGGAUGCAGCCACUGAUAUAAGUGAGAAGUUAGGAAGGUAGUAGUAGGAAACUUAAUAUCGUAUAUCGAAAAAACGAUUCUGAGCAGAGUUUGGUUGAUAGUGUUACUUUAUCAAUAAUAUACAAUGUGUCCCACGCUGACCUACUACUUGAAAUAACUUUUAUUAAAUUCAAUAUAUUUGAUAUAUAUAUAUAUUAUUAACAUUUUUGUUUCUAAAUAAUUAGUAUACCUCUACGCUACAGUUUAUGCAUGGAGAUUUUUAUUUAGGGAAAGGGAACUUAAAAUAAAACUUUUUAAAUUUUACUACGAGUUCUUAAAAAAAUUCAAAAUAGCCAUUUUGUAAAAUAUAUUUUUAGAACAUUUUUGGUGGUUGAAACUUUUGUUUAAGUAUGGUUUCUUAUUUUCAACGAUUUUUUGAAGUUUUCGAACAUGUGAAUAUUACCUAUUAGAUUCUGAGUGGAACGAGGAAUGUAUUGUGGUUAUUCUGUUAAAAUAUUUAAUCAAUUAUUAGUCAGGGCACAUAGCAAGGAUUUUCUUUUCCAUGAGUUUAUAUCAUGUAAUAAUAUUAUAUUAUAGGUAUUAGAUGGUAGGUACCUACUAUAUCGUCAAUACACAACUGAAAAUUCAAUUUAAAUUAUUUAAAUUUUCAAAAAACCGUAGAAAAAAAAAGACCAUACUUAAACAAAAGUUUCAACCACCAAAAAUUUUCUAAAAAUCUAUUUUACAAAAUGGCUAUUUUGAAUUUUUUAUGUUAUUAAUAAUUAAAUAUAUAAAUUCAUAAUAUAUUUAAAAAUUAAUACAUUGAUAAUCUCUAUGAUAGUUAUAUGUAAUGUUGAUACUGUUAACUUGUUAAUAGUACUAGUUGAUAUUUUAUAUAAAGUGGUUUUCUCAAAAAGUUGUUCAAAUAUGAAUUUUUUGAAAAAAAAAAUAUAUCAAAAAUAUUAAAUGGAACAAAAGUUAUUUUAAGUGGCAAAUCAUCGUGGGAUACUCUGUAUAUGCCAUGUGGUAAAAUAAUUACAUAUGCGUUAUUUAUAAUUUUCUUUAAUUAUAUUUAUUUAAUAUUGUACCUAUUUUCUCGAUUUUCCCAUGUUUUUUUCCCGGGUUUUCACAUUUAUUGGCAAAACUUCUGUGAAAAUCAAAAGAUAACUUCGUUUAAGUACCUCCCCAGUCCGACUUCCUUUUAGAAAAAAUGUUAUCAUUGUAAAUCGGAGCAAAAUUGUUGGUAGAAAAGUUGUUCACAGAAAAAUAAAUAAUAAUAAACAUCAUUAUCAAACCAAUACAUUUCUCACUCUACUCAGAAUCUAAAAAAUACUUGUAUUUGCAUUCAAAUACUCUGUGAGUGUUAUGCGUAUACAGUAUAACACUAAAAUGUAAUAUUAUUGUAUAUAUUAUGUUUCUUGUACUUAUAUGCAAAGGUAGUUCGAUUGGUACAGCAGUAACAUAUGUAAUGUGCGGAUAUCUGAUCGCCUCGUUUGGCUGGGAGAGUGUGUUUUAUGUUAGCGGAGGUCUCGGACUCUUGUGGAUUUUGUGUUGGAUGUUGUUUGUCCACGAUACACCGGCCAAACAUCCCACCAUCAGUAUUAGAGAAAGAACGUACAUAGAAAAAUGCAUCGGAAACACCAUUCAGACUAGAUCAAAACCAGUAAGGACAAAUUCGUACCUAAUUAAAGUAUUAAAUGUAUAAUACACGUAUAGUACAUAAUAUUUUAUUAGAAAUUACGAUUUCAUUGUCGACCAGCCGGCAACUAUAUUAGUUAGGUAUUACUUAUUAAUGAUGUUAUUUUAGAUUAUACACAAGUAAAAACAAUAAUUAUUAGUAAGGCAAAGAUUUGUAUGCACUUAAAAUCCGUAAAAAAGCACUUAAAAAUAUUUAAAAAAGCAAAAGUGGUAGACAAGUUUUAAAGCCCCCACUCUGAUGAUUCUCAUCCCAUUAAAUACAUUUUUCUAACAUUGAAAAAUGAUUAACACAAAGCAUUUUAUUUUUUAUAACAUGUAGAAAUUAAUUUGAAAAAAAUUACUUUGAAAUAAACGUUUUUCACUAUUUAAUUAGAAACUAUAGAAGAGGAUAAUUUUAAACUUCUUUUUUGGUCUUUUAAAUAUUUGUAAGCGAUUUUUUAGAGCUUUUUUUAACGUUUUUAAAUGCUUUUUCAUGGAUUUUAAGUGCAUAUAAAUGCGUACCCUAAUUAUUAGUUAAUACGGGCUGAUUAUAUUUCACUAAUACAAUAUGUAUACAACUUAAUAUAAUGACUACGUUAUUUGGAAAUAUUGAUUCAUAUCCGUUAAAUUUUCAAAUAAAUGCACCCGAUGCUCCGAAAUUCAAAUUAAUACCUAAUGUGUACAUAAAGUUGACUGGACGACAGUGAGUAUUAUACUGCGAAAAAAAUUGUAAUGAAAAUCUACCUAUAAACUACUGUAACAUGUUUAAUAUUAUAGGUACUAAUUAUUACUGUAUUUUUACAGUUGCCAAUACCUUGGAAAUCGAUUUUUCUCUCUAAAUCGCUAUUUAUUAAUUUAAUGGCACAGUCCGGAGGAAUUUGGGGUCUGUUUACGCUAUCAACGCAAGCUCCGACAUACUUCAACGUUAUCAUGGGUUUAAACAUUAAACAGGUAUAAAAAUAAAUGAUAGUAAUAUAUCGAAACUGGAACCGUUAAAAGGUAACGAUAUUCAGACAGGUUUAUGGUCCGGUAUGCCUCAUAUUUGUCGGUGGAUGUUCGCUUUUGGAUUCAGUACGUUAUGCGAUCGUUUGGUAAAGUCCAAAAUUAUGUCUAUGACGAACGUAAGGAAGAUGGCUUCGUGUUUUAGUAAGACACACAUAAUAUACAUUAUAUAAAUCUUUAAAUUCGUGUUAUGUUUUUUGUUCAAAACUUAUCUGUUUCUUCUUUUAUUUAUCUUGUGUAUAGGUAAUAUUUUACAAGGAUUAUUCAUUAUGGGUCUUUGUUUUUCCGGAUGUAAUUCAAUAAUCGCGGUAAUCAUGCUCGUCUGCGCGACGGCUGUAAACGGUGCCGUGUCGUCCGGAGCAUUAGCUGCAGUCGUGGAUCUCACUCCAAACUAUGCCGGUAAAUAAACGUAUUAUAAAUCAAUUUAGAAUUUCAAUGAAUAUUACAGAAAAAAAUGUGUAAUAAAAUAUGAUAUAUUAUUUAAUGUAUGUGUGUUAAACACAAUUGAUGUACACUUACACUAGUUAGUAGUUACAGUGAAAUUACUAAGAGCUAUAAUUUUUCCAACGAAAAGCACAACAAAAAGUUGUGAUAUUUUUAAUACAUUCUAAUCGACACUCGUUUAGAAAUCAAAUUAAAUAACCUUUACGGACUUAUAACAGAUGGAUCCCCAUCAAUGAUUGGAAUAAACAAAGGUCUCGUAGCGCUAAUUAAAAAAGAAAUGAGUGCACGUAGUAUUUUAUAACUGAUGCAAUAUCACCGCAAUAUUCACCAAGAAAAUGUAUAUGGAAAAUUUUUUGGUUUUCAAACUAUUAUGAAAGAUGUAAAAAUAGUAAAUUUUAUUAGAUCAAGAAGAUUGAAUCAUAGAGAAUUUAAAAACUUUUUAAGUGAAAUAGACGUUGAAUGAGGUUAUGUAGUCUAUUUUACAGAUGUUUGUUGGCUCAGUAGAGGAAAAGUUUUUGAUUUAAAAAACGAAAUGUUUGAAUUUGCUGCAAGCAAAGGAAAACAAUUUGAAUAACUUAAUUAUUCUGAAUGGAAAAAUGAUUUUGCUUAUCUCACGGAUAUUGCACUUGAAAGAGUUGAAUUCACGCUUGCAACGUCAAAACCAAUUAAUUCAUAAUUUAUUCAACUAUAUUAUAUCUUUAAAAAAUAAACUUCUGUUAUGGGAAAUCCGGUUAAAAAGAAUAACACGACUCACUUCCCAUGUUUAUCAAAAAUACAAUGUUACUUUAACGGAAAAAUACGCAGAAGCAAUUUCCGAUUUAGAACUCCAGUUUGAUUCGAGGUUCUAAGAUUUAAAAAAUAAAAGCUAAUGAAAAGUUGUUUAAUUUGUUUCAAUUUUGAUUUUAGCUGAAAAAGUCUCAGAAAAUAUGCAAAUGGAGAUCAUUGGUUUACAGAACAAUAGAAUAUAUAAAUAUAUAAAAUUAUAAAAUAUAUAUAAAAAAAAGAAAAAUACAAUAACGUUGAACUUUCAAUUUUUUAUUCAAAAUAUAUUGACAUGGAGACAUAUUCUAAUCAUUGAAACAACACAUUAAAAAUUAUGUUUCUUUUUGGAAGUACUUACACUUGUAAGCAUAUUAUAUUUUCACGAAUGAAAAUUUUCAAAUCGAAAACCAGAGCUUGGUUAACUAACAUACACUUAGAAACCUUGCUAAGGACAGAUCGUCUCAGAUACAACCAAAUAUAGAAAUAUUAGUUAGUGAAAAACAAUGUCAGUUAUAAAACAAAAUAUAAAAUAAAUAAUUUGUAGUUCAAAAUUGAAAUAUGUUAAUCUAUAUAUGUUUUAAUAAUAAUAAUAUUUUGUAAUUUAAAAUAUAAUCUUAAGAAUAAUAAAACUGAAUUUUUGUAUAAAAUACACGUAUUUACUAUGAAUGCGGCCCGCGAAAUUUGUAGAAAAUAAUAUGUGGCCCGCUGCAUAAAAAUGAACGUUUCGGUUUUUUUUCUAAAAACUCUAGGUGGGGGCUAGCGUGUCCCUAACACCCCUAAUUUAAAAUGAAUGUAACUUUGUUAUGCUUUUUGUACAAACGAUAGAAUUUGUUAUAUACUCUGAACAAGGACCCCACUUUUUAAAAAAUGUAUAACACCCGCUAUGACGAUAAUAAUGCUUAAACAAAAUUAAGUAGCUAUAAAAAGUAGUUAUAAGUAGUGAAAUAGUUAAGUACCUAGUAUAAGUUAUAGUUAAGUAGUUACAAAAUUAGGUAAAUAAUUUAUGAAUAUUUUAUUGAAAUAAUUGCUUUAUUUAUAGGAGUAAUUCAAGGAAUCAUCGGAACUGUUUGUGUGUGCUCGGGAUUCAUUUCACCUUUAGUCGUGGGAUUUUUGACCUUCCAUCAGGUAUUUACUCAUCACGCAGUAUAUUACACAUUCUGUACUAUGCUUUGGAAAAUUAGAAUCUGUCAGUUAAUAUAAUUAAUUUUUCUUAUUGCUGAGUAAUAUAUUAUUGACCAUCGUUUUAGAAAACUAUUAUUUUGAUAAUAACGGGGGGGAAUAUAAAGAUGAAGUAAAAUAAUUGUUGUUAAAAUAAUUAUACCAUUUUAUAAUAUAAUUGGAAAUAAUAAAUUAAUUUCAAUUGUAUUUACGGCUCGCCUAUAAAAAAAAAAUAAAACCGUUUUUUAAAUUCUAAUAGUCUAAUUUAAUUUAAGGGGUGGGGUUGCGAUUUUUGAACAUUUUUAUGAGGGUCGUAACUACUGAAUUAGUUCAAAACAUUUUCACUGUUGAUCUAGAAUAUUUUCAAAGAAUUCAUUUUUCUCUCUCUAUGGAUAUCAGAUAAAAUAUUAUAACAAUAUGUACAACUAAAAAUAAUUUUUUAUAUUCUUAUAUAGGUCGAUUUAAUAUCUGUUUAAGUUGUAUUGUAUCGUAUUUUUAGGAACUUUUUGUAGGUCUUUUUUGUAGACAUUUUAAAAAUGUAUGAAAUGUUCAGCAUCAAAUAAAAAAUGUCUGUGCGCAUGCGUGUGAUGUAUGGAUGUGUAGUUAAAUCUAUUUUCUAAAAUAUGUAUUUAUAUCUAAUUAUAUUUUUCAGCAAACGUUAAAUCAAUGGUGCAAAGUGUUUUAUUUAUCAGGAGCAAUAUGUAUUAGUACAGGGUUAGUUUACAUAUUUUUUGGAACUUCAAAAGUACAAAAAUGGAACGCAUACGAUGAUUCAGCCGCGAAUGAAAAAGAAAUGAAACUUAUGAAACUAAUCUCUAAGAAUCCCAAAAAUGUUAUCAAUUCUAAAUCUUAAACUGUUAAUACAUUUUUUUUUAUACAAAAUACAUAUAAAUAUAUAAGGAACUCGAUUAAAACUACGUUUUUCGUUGUUUAUAAAUUAAUGCUAAUUUUAUGAUUCUAUACAAAAGUGUACAGAUUUUAUAUUAUACUAAUUUGAUAAUUUAAACAGUGUAAGUACGCCAUUGUAGUAGUUAAUAUGAAAAAUAUAUUUUUAUUUGAAACUCGG